AUGUCAACAAUUUGCGUUUGCCCAAAGGGCUGCGGCUGGCCAGGGGAGGAGCUUCUCAAGGACGAACUCGCAAUGGGAAGAACGCAGAUAACUGAGGAAGAGCUUGAAGCCUUUCUCUACCUGCAGCGCACAUCCUUUACCCCCGACCGCUACGACGUGUUUCAGCACAACUGUAACCAUUUCUCUCAGAGCCUUCUCCGAUUUCUUGGAGCCAAGCCCUUGCCCACAUACAUCGCCACGCUGCCCGAUCGCGUCUUGGAGACAGUUUUGGGCCGCAUCGUCCGGCCCAUAGUCGACGCCUCCGUUAGCCUCCGCAAGCUGGAACUGCGUAAAUCCCAAACCCUAAACCCUAAACCCUAA